AGGAAGAUGCAGCUCACUCGCUGCUGCUUCGUGUUCCUGGUGCAGGGCAGCCUUUAUCUGGUGAGUAGCCCUCGGGGAGCUGGGAGGAAAGGGCCCUGGGUCCCUAGGAGUGAAGGAGUGGGGGAGGAACGCGGGAAGAUUCCGAGGACCGAAACUUUCUCUCCCACCCCCACCUCGCAACUUCCCGAGGCUGGACCGGGAGAAGAGAAAGAGUCUUGGGGCUGGUGCAAAGAAUUGUGCAAGAAAGGGUUAAUGGACCCAGAGGAUUGGGUGGCACGUCCCUCCCACAGUUACUCCCGGGUGAGAGAGAGGAGUGGGGAAUAGAGGGGGAGGACAAGUCCUAAAGGGUUAUGGAACCCUCUCUUAUGGGACAGACCAAAGGAUGUUAGCCUGUGUUCACCCCCUCCACCCCCGCCCCCGCAACUGAUCUUAGCCCUCCGGGAAUAACUGUAGAUGGAUGGGAGGAAAGAACUCGUUGAUCGUAUUCUGGCUCGAGGGCCGUCCCCUCUACCACUCCUCCCAGGUUCUGGGGUCCCCCAGCGCGGAGUCAGAUCUGGAGAGGGUCCGGCCCCCACCUCCCUGCCUCUCUCUCUCCUUCGCUCCCUCCCUUCCUCUCCGCCUGUUGUUUUCCUCUCUUCUCUCGGCUGCGCGCAGCCCAAGCCCCACAGGACCCUGGCAGCCGGCUCCCCGCCCCGGGCUCUCUCGGCAGCUGAGCGGAGCUCCCUGAUUCCCUGUUCCCUUUUCCCUGCUUUCCGCCCAUCGCCACGGAAACCGGUCCCCCUCCCCAAACUCCUGGGCUUCUCCCCCACAACCGCCACUUCUGUGUUUCUGACCCAACCCCUGGCUGGGCAACCGGAGUCUUCUCUUACACUUGUUCUCCAGCCCCGACCUGACCCCCCCCCUUCCCAGGUCACCUUUUCUUUCCCAACGCCUCUACACCACUCCUUAAAUCUCACGUGGAAGCCCGAACCCCAGAUACACACUUUUGGCCCUGUGCCACAUCAACUAAUCCUACCCUGCCCCCACCCUACAUAAAACAACCCUCUCUUCUCAGCCAGCCAGCCACCUGUGGCCUUCAUCUCUACUCCACACACCUCCAUCCCCUCCUAUACACAUCUGGAUCUAUGACUCCUAACAUUUAGCCUCCCUCCAGGACCCAUGUCCUUUCCUCCCUUAUCCUCAGGUCCAGGAGGCUCACCUGUCAGGGGGAAUACAGUCAAUCAAUAGCCAUUUAUUAAGUACCUAGUAUGUGCCAGGCACUGUGCUAAUGAUAUGGAAAUGGAUACACAGUCUCUGACACUGGCAGGAAGAAGGAAAGGUAUUUCAAAGGGAUCAGUAGAGCCCUUCAGAAAGGUAAGGAUAUCUGUCUCCUUAUCACUAAAUAACCCUUUUAACACUGAUCUUUUCCAAGUUAGAGUCAGGGAGCUGUCCAGCAUUUCCCAUAUGCCGUACAGUGGACCUAAGUCAACAUCCGGAAACAGACAUGCAAGUCCAACAGACACAUUUACAAAAAUACCCUUGCACACAUACUGUGUUACCUUCAGGCUACUGUGCAUGGGUUAGAUUCCCUCAGGUUGUCCAUAUGCUUGGACAUCCUUUCCUAGCAGCACCCUUUCCCUCCCUCUCUCCUCCAGAAAAAUUAGUCAAGGGAAAGGGAAAAUUGGCAUUCUGUAGCUCAACUCUGUCUUGGGAGCUCUCUCUCUCUCUCUCUCUCUCUCUCUC